AUGUGUAUCUUUAGACAGCAGUGGACACAAACGAUCAUUAUAACCGAUUUUUUUUCUUUUUCUUUAUUUCUCAUACAGAUUACCAUCUAAUUGACAUUGUUCUCUUUAACAGAAGGGUAUUAUACAUACCGGAGGGUACGGUGCGCUACCUGGGACACGGAACUGUUAACAGGGGAGUUAAUUAUUUCUGAUUACUUCAACAAGAUUGAAUACUUAAGAUAUAACAGCACUCUGAAAAAGUUCACUGGAUACACAGAAUAUGGAAUGUCAUUGGAAAAGAAGCUGAACAAUGAUACUAACUAUCUGCAGGGGAUGUAUAUUUUAUUGGACACCUUCUGUAAACACUUUGGCCUUGAGUACCAUUCGCAUGUAAAAAAGAGCGUGCAGCCAGAGGUCAAGCUCAGAUUAAUCAAGCAGGCCAGUGGCAGACAUCCUGCCAUUUUAAUGUGCAGUGCCUACAACUUCUACCCCAAAGCUAUCAAAAUGACCUGGUUAAGGGAUGGUAAACCAGUGACCUCUGAUGUGACCUCCACUGAGGAGAUGGCUGAUGGUGAUUGGUACUACCAGACCCAUUUUCACCUGGAGUACAUCCCCAAAUCAAGAGAGAAGAUCUCUUGUAUGGUGGAGCAUGCCAGCUUCAGUAAACCCAUGAUAUAUGACUGGGAUCCUGGACUUUCUGGUGUGGAGAAAAAGAAGAUUGCUGCAGGAGCCUGUGUACUUGUAUUGGGGAUGACAGUAGCAGGUGCUGGGCUGAUAAACUAUAGAAAAAAAUACAAAGGUCAGUGGGAACUGAAAUAUAGAAAAUCGGACUUUGAGGUGCAGCUCAAAAACUCUGAUGUAAUAAGACAGAACGUAGGACACAUUUGGGUAUCUUCAUUUACAGUGCAGCCAGAAGUCAAGCUCAGAUUAAUCAAGCAGGCCAGUGGCAGCCAUCCUGCCAUUUUAAUGUGCAGUGCUUACAACUUCUACCCCAAAGCUGUCAAAAUGACCUGGUUAAGGAAUGGUAAACCAGUGACCUCUGAUGUGACCUCCACUGAGGAGAAGGCUGAUGGUGAUUGGUACUACCAGACCCAUUUUCACCUAGAGUACAUCCCCAAAUCAAGAGAGAAGAUCUCUUGUAUGGUGGAGCAUGCCAGCUUCAGUAAACCCAUGAUAUAUGACUGGGGUAAGAAUACUUUAACGCGAUUGCUUAGGUGA